AUGACACUAGAGGAAUCGAUUACUCGGAUCAAGGCCAACUUGACUGAAGUCCUAAAUCCCGAGAUCAUCGACAAUGUGAUCCUGAAGGAAAAGCGACCCCUCCGCGUCUACUGGGGAACCGCCCCAACAGGAAAACCACAUUGCGGCUACUUCGUACCCUUGGUCAAGAUUGCCGAACUUCUCCACGCAGGAUGUCACGUCAAGAUCCUCCUCGCCGAUGUUCAUGCAAAACUCGAUAAUUUGAAAUCGUCAUCCGAAGUGAUCCAGCACCGAUGCGAAUACUACAAGCUCCUCAUCAAGAGCUCCCUGAAAGCCAUUGGCGUCGAUGUCUCCAAGCUUGACUUUGUCGUAGGAAGCACAUUCCAGUACAGCAGGAAAUACCAGACCGACCGCGUGCGCUUCUCGUCUAUUGUCAAAUACUCGCAGGUCCGCAAGGCUGGUGCCGAGGUCGUUAAGCAAGGCGACGAUCCCAUCUUCAGUAGCUUGGACUACCCCAUCUGGCAAAGCCUCGACGAGGAGCACCUCGAUGUAGACGCGGAACUGGGCGGUGUUGAUCAGCGCAAGAUCUUUACCUUUGCCAUCGACCAUAUGCCCAAGAUUGGCUACAAGGUGCGAGCACACUUGAUGAACCCCAUGGUUCCUGGUCUUGGAGAAGCACAGAAGAUGAGUUCAAGCGAGCCAAGCUCCAAGAUCAAUCUUCUCGAUUCGCCUGAAGAAGUCGCCAAAAAGCUCAGGAAAGCUGUGUGCUUCCCAAAACAAGUUGGAGGGAAUGGCGUGAUUGCGUUUAUAGAACACGUAAUCUUCCGAGUUGCGUCGCUCAAAGCUGGUGGCAAGCCAAGUUUCACGGCUGAAACACGGGAAGGCGAGGUCCUGGUCUAUGAAGACAUCUCCAAGCUCAAGGAGGAUUACGAGAGCGACAUUCUGACACCGCAAAUGGUCAAACCUGCGUUGAUCAAAGCACUCAACAAGCUUCUGGACCCUAUCCGGAAAGACUUUGAGGCUGACGAGGAUUGGAAACGCGUUGCAGAUCUGGCUUACCCAGUUGAAGUGAAGCCUGAGAAGACAAAUAAGGAGAUGUACAACGGCAAGAGAUCUCAAAAGCUGCCUAUUCGGACAUCAACCUAUCUAGUUACAGAGGAGAUGCCCUAA